UAGGGUUGUUUUAUUUUACCUUUCAUUCUGUUCGUCCUGUUUAGGGUUUCUUUUGGGACGAUAGGAACGGUAGAGCGGCAACACCAGCGUCAGCCGCCAUGGUUCUAAAAACUGAACUCUGCCGCUUCAGCGGUGCCAAGAUUUAUCCUGGUAAGGGAAUCAGAUUUGUACGUGCAGAUUCUCAGGUUUUUCUCUUUGCCAAUUCAAAAUGCAAGAGGUAUUUUCACAACCGACUGAAGCCAUCAAAGCUUACCUGGACGGCCAUGUACAGGAAGCAGCACAAGAAGGACAUUGCUGCUGAGGCUGUAAAGAAGAGGCGUCGUACCACUAAGAAACCUUACUCAAGGUCAAUAGUGGGUGCUACCCUGGAGGUGAUCCAGAAGAGGAGAACAGAGAAGGCAGAGGUCCGAGAUGCUGCAAGGGAGGCUGCUCUUCGGGAAAUCAAAGAGAGGAUUAAGAAGACCAAGGAUGAAAAGAAGGCAAAGAAAGCAGAGGUGAUGGCAAAGUCACAGAAGACUCAGAGCAAGGGCAACUUGCCGAAGGGUGCUGGAUCGAAGGGCCCCAAACUUGGAGGUGGUGGUGGAAAGCGCUGAGCUGCCAGCAUUUGCAAUUUACUUGCAGGGAUUUUGAUACAAGUGUUCGCCAAACGUUUUGCCUUGAUACCCUUUCCUGUUUCUAGCUUUUAAUUUUGUUUCAUUUUGUAGGCUCUGUUUCUUUGCACUUUGCAGAGCAAAUUGGCUGAUUUUUAUUAAUUUUAUUUUUGUUUGUGAGGACUGAUCACUGAAGAGUUUAAACGAGUAGUGGAAUGACCGAGUCCCUACUUUAUAUAUGGAAGGAUCCCCACUUGAUCAAUAUAGAAUGAAGGUAGAGGGGAAGGUGAUGCAAAUUUUGUAUCA